GUUAAUAGUGUUGGUUCGAGUUUUGCCGGGAAACGGGUUAGACACACAUUGGAGCUGUUGUGUGGUUGAAUUACAUAUUGUGCAAUAAAGACAAGACAAACAAAGAAGUCGUAUGAGCCUACAUUUCUGGGAUUAUUACAGGAUCAUAGCUUCUAGCAAGGUGGUUGUGCCGUUGAAUGCAGCAUUUAUAGCUCUAUUUUCGUAACACAGUGACGUUACAGUAGUUCAAUAAAUACUAACUUGUGUGUUAAAGUAAUUUAAAUACCAAAACAAAAACAAUAAAUGGUAUUACUUACUUUCAGUCGUUAUUCCUUCGAUGCUGAAUUGUUUCUUCCAAACGAAAUCAAGUCACAUCCGCCCACUAAAUGCGCAUGCGUGUUUUCCAGUAAGAGCAAAUAUGAUUGGACUCAUGGGGCGCCGUGCCAAAUCUCGCGAGAAUGUUGUUGAGACAGCUCCACAUCUCAGAAUUUAGAUAAAGUUGAUUUUCUCCUUAUUUGUCCAUCUGAAAAUAGCCAUUUUUGGCUAUGUGUAACUUUCAAAGGAAGACAAUUCAGAAAAUUCACGCUUUGUAUCAGACAGCAGCGGACAUCACGCGUUGUUUGCCAUCAGUUAACGUCAGAAGAAGAAGAAGCGGGAAAACAGUAGGUGGCGUAACAUUUUAACGUUGUCUGCGCCAACCUUAAACUAAAACGAAGAAGAAAAAGAAAGAGAAGAAGAAAGAAAAGAAGAAGCGGGAAAGUUUUUGGAAACGACGACCGCAACGCCUGCGCCAUGAGCCUUGGAGAGUUCCAUCCAUCCAUCUAUUUUCUACUGCUUCUCCCUUCCGUGUCGUGGGGGGUGCUGGAGCCUAUACCAGCUGCGCUCGGGCGGAAGGCGGGGUACACCCUGGACAAGUCAACACAGAUCGACAGACAACAUCCACACACUCGCGUCAAUUUAGUGUUGCCAAUCAACCUAUCCCCAGUUUGUGAUCCAAAAUUUGUUUUUUCAUUAACAGGAUGGACAAAAAGAAAAUGACAACAAAAAAGAGGCUAAGAGUUCCCACAAAGAAAAUGAAGGACCUGCAUAAUUCUCCUCCCCCAAAUGAGCAAUCUGGGUGUUUGGCAUUCGUCAGACGGGAGGACGGUUAUACCAGCAAAAUCUUUACAGGAGCAGACAUUUUGUCAAUAUAUGAAGCUCCUGUGCAGAUCUUAGAUCUUAGAACAGGAGAUUCUGUUUUAGCAAAGUGGUCAGAUGGUAAAUUUUAUAGGGCAACUGUUGAAUAUAUUUCAGAAAAAGAUCAGACUCAGUCACCAAAAGGCUGCCAAACUCCACAGGAGUCAUUUUUAAAUAUGUUGGAAGCCAAUGAGCCAUCACACUCAACAUCAGGGUCUGACACCAUUACAGUAGAUCAGAACCCACUGUCUGAACAUGAUAGUAUCACAGCGCUGAAUCUACCAAGUGAUGGGGAACUUGUAACAGGCAGCAACACUGUUGGACCACCACCACCCUAUAGGUUUACCAAAGAGGGAACCAUCGGUCCAUCACCCUACAGCGGCAAUACAGCCAUUCCAUCACUGUAUGCCCUCCACAUCAAUUGUCAAUUUCCCUAUGGGGGCCAUACAUCUAGCCUACCACCGUAUGGCCUCAACAUCAAAGGUCCAUCUCCCUACGAAGACCAUGCAUCCUGCCCAUCACUGCAUGACUUCAACACCGCUGGCCCAUCACCAAAUGUCUACAACACCUCUGGUCCUUCACCCGGCGUACACAAUCCACCUGACAAUAAAAACCCAGCUUUCCUGGCACCGGACAGGAGAGAUGCAGGCAACCCAUCUGUCGAGGACACUAUCUCAUAUCGACCGCAGGCAAAAAAAUCAUGGACGGCAUGUGAUGGAUGUAGGAAGGAGUUUGAAAAAAUCCUGCGAGGAAAGCAACGAAUCAAAGAAGUCCUCUUGAAAAUAGAUCCGGGCCAAGUCAGAGUACACCAAACUCUCUGCGACCUGGAGACAAAUACAGCGAUGGCCCUCCUCAACAAUCGGGCCAGCAGGUGCUCUUUCCUGAGAGCGGCGUAUUCAUAUCUUCGUUCCGCCUUGCUGCCAAACAAACCUGCAGGAACAGGAAAGCGCAACCUUGACCGGAAAAAAGUUGAAGGAAUCCUAACGUAUGUCCUGAGAUGCGGUACCCUUCCUGAUUGGGACAAUAUUGAGGAGGCCAAGCUCAAGAAAGCUUUGGUAAACAAAUGUCGGGCCAGAGCAGGUUUUAAGUAGGCCCUUGUACCUGCCAAGUUCAUUCUGGGGUAGGAUGUUUCCUUUGUAAACAUGUUAAUAUUUUGGUCUGGGGUUGCACAGUAUAUAUAGUAUAAAAUUGCCAUAUGAUGUAGCUUUUAGUACCACGUUAUACUGUGACAAUGCAUAUUGAGCUGUGCUGUGUCUCGCAAAUUUGGCACCGAUGCAACCUCACUAACAAGCUAGCGGCUAAUAUCCCUUCACAGUGCAAAGCUGUUUCCAAAUAAAAAAAUAAUACAACUGGAAAUGACGCAGUAUGUUACUGCUUACAUAAUCAGGUAUAUUAGUAGUAAUAGUAAUUCAGUGUUUGUAUUUGAGUGGGCCCCAGACCCCUCUGUAGUGAAAAAGUUGGUCGGGCCCCGAGGUAAAAAAUGUUAAGUAUCCCUGGUUGAUGUGUGAUUAUUUUUUGUAUGUAGACCAGUUCUAAACAGCCCGGUUACAAUUUUAUAAAAGUAUUUCAGUUUUUGCUUGGAAUAUUUAAAAAAUGGAAAAUGUUGUCAUUUACUCACCCUCUUACUGAGAUGAAGUCAAGUGGGUUUUUUUUAACUACGGUACAUGGUUUGCGCAACAAGGAGUUAAAAAAACUACACCUGACUUUUUCACGUGUGGGGCGGUAUAGCUCGGUCGGUAGAGCGGCCGUGCCAGCAACUUGAGGGUUUCAGGUUCAAUUCCCGCUUCCGCCAUUCUAGUCACUUCCGUUGUGUCCUUGGGCAAGACACUUUACCCACCAGCUCCCAGUGCCACCCACACUGGUUUAAAUGUAACUUAGAUAUUGGGUUUCACUAUGUAAAGCGAUUUGAGUCAUUAGAGAAAAGCGCUAUAUAAAUAUAAUUCACUUCACAACAACAAAGUGAGUACUUGUGGUUAAAUUAAUUUAUAUUUGUAUUUGUUUUAUUUUUUGUAUGUUGUUUUCUAUGUUUUAAUUAUUGUGAAUGUCAAUAUGUACAUUAAGUUUGUAAUAAUUAACUACAUUUAAAUUGUUGUAUUUAAUCUAUUUUUAUAUCUUAUGUUUUGUAUUUUUGUAUAGCCAAAUAAAGUUAUACACCUUUCAAUAUUUGAGUAUUUUUUGUACUGUUAUUUCUAAUUAAGUCAGAUAAUUGAA